UUUACCACCGGCUCACUCAGACACAAUGAACCGUCAGUCAGAGGGGUACACGCAUGUUGGCUCGGCGGAACUGGCACCCUUUUAACCCACUUUUAGCCCCUCUUGUACAUUUCUUUGAUGUACAUGACAAUUAAGGAACCGGAGGAGCUCUUUAUGGGGUUUACAAGUGCAGCUACGUCGAGUUUGAUGAAAACGAGGUCGGGAGUAGACUACAGUAGUUAGCCCCUCCUGCCUGCUGGAACCCCCGCCACCCACCUCAUUUAUUUUUGCUACUUUUUGGACCCCAAGAUUAACCAUGUCGGUCACCGCAUCCUCUGACUACUUCGCCGCCGAAUGUUUGGUCUCGAUAUCGAGUGGACCGGUUUUGCACAGACCCACCCCGGUGGCUCUCGCCGCCAGCCAGCCGAGUACCACCGCGGGCCUGCUCCCUGGGGAGCACGACGGCUCGAACGAGGACCGCGAAGUGCGGGAGACCCUGAGGUUGGAGGGGGCCAACAUGAUGACCGUGGCCGGUAUCCUCACAGACCUCCACGGCAAGUUCCGGCCCAUGUCGGCCUACUCUGAGAGUAGCAACUCAUCGUGCGGUGGGGAAAGCGGUUACACCACGUUGUCGGACCCCACCACCCCGACCAUGACCCCCUCCGCUACCCCGGUCCCCGGACAGCAACCGCCGAGGGGGGGAGCGGGAGGCGUGGGGCCCCCUCGUUCCCCCGUGAAGAGGCACCACUGCACUUUUGACGGAUGCGACCGAGUUUACGGGAAAUCAUCUCACUUGAAGGCACACAUCCGGACACACACAGGCGAGAGGCCCUUUCCAUGCACCUGGCCCGACUGCGAAAAGAAGUUUGCCCGCUCCGACGAGCUGGCCCGCCACACCCGCACACACACGGGGGAGAAACGCUUCAUGUGCCCGUUAUGCGACAAGCGCUUCAUGCGCAGCGACCAUCUGAUCAAGCACGCCCGGCGUCACCCCGAUUUCCAACCUGCCAUGUUGGGGCGCAACAAGGGCAUGUCCUCUCCCAGCCUGAAUGUCCACCAUUAGAUGGUUCAGGUUACUUGGGGCAGGAGCAUCGGCGGUCACCAGUGAGGGAUUAACCAGCUACAAUUAGUUUCAUUGAGGGAAAAAAAUCAAGCAUUGCUCUAUUGUGCUUAAGAGGCGCAAGUUCAAAAAUCGACACGGGGCUGGAUGUGAGGCGCUAGUAGCAUUAGCUGCGCAUCCCGCACAGAGGAGUCAUGUGACCACUUUCCACCUGCAACAUGAAAAGGGUUGUGUAUUGUUGGCUGUUUCUUCGAGGGACCAGUUCCAAAUCCUUAAAUUCAGAUUUUGACGUGCUUUUCGAUCCCACUUGAUUGAUUCCUGGAAUUGAUUUGGCUCUACUGCACUUUCUUUUCAAAUCGCCGCUGUGUUCAAAUCUAGCAAAACCGCUAGUUGUUUUUUUUUUUUUUUUUAAUGACAAAUGGAAGAGAAAUACAGUCCAAUGUGAAGCUACACAACUCAUUUAUGUCAUACAAGAUUUUCUACUUCUAAUUUGGGACAUAAUAGGUCUGCCGGAAGGAUCACACCAGCAGAUUAGGACAUUAUAUACGUGAGUGGAUAUUUUAAAUAAAAAAAACCUUUGUUAUUCAUUUAUGGUUGGUAGGAUUUACUAAAAUGAAAUGAUUUUUGCCUCCUAUCAAAAUUUGGGUUUCUUUUCUCAGGUGGGAUCUGAUAAGAGUUGGAAUCGAAAAAGCAGAUUUCAAUUGACAAAAAUCAACCCAACCCUCAAAUCAUAUCAGACUAUCUCAAUCUGCAGGGAUUUUUUUUUUUUCCUUUUUCUGUCAAAAUCUGCACAUCACAGCAACACAACAGCCAAAUCUCCUCUGUCAUUUCGUGGUUAUUUUGUAAAUUGUUGCCGUACUCUACAGUAGCAUUUAUUUACUGUGGGUAGCACAAUAAUAUUCUGAUGUUAGUUUAGCACAGCAACAGCUAGAAGAUUAUUUCUAUUCUGAGCUCUACCGAUUCCAUGUUUUUGCAAGUUUUAGUGGUGAUACAUUCCUUUUCUUUUCUUUUUGUCUUUUAAAAUUGCAUUGAAGCAUCAUCCCAAGUUAUUUCUUUUUAUAUUAAAUCUAACCAUAGAUGAAAUAUCAAUUUGGCCAUCAAGUGGCUCAGGCUUCACUGUAGAAGAACUGUUUGCACGUGAUCCUUAAGACAUCCUUUAGGACCCUGGAAACGCUGACACAUAAUACGCAGUAGUAUUAUGUCUAAUAAUGAUGCAAAUGUAUAUAAGCUUCAAGCUUUUAAUGUAGACAAAAAAAGUAUAAUGCAGCUAGCAGCAGAAGUAAUACAUGUGAUGUAGUCCUUAUAUUAGGGGGAACCGUACGGGCUUGAUAGGAAGGCCUUCGCCUGUGUGUGUUGGCGUGUACGCGUGUGUGCUUUCGCCUUAGAUUUUCUUUUUUAACUCUUAUUAUUUGCUCGUGACAGACGAUUUUUGAUGUGCUACCUUUAAAGUAAACGCACCGAGUCCAUGAGUGGUGCGGAGCCAGAUAGCGAAAUACCUUUCGGAAUAUAAACAGGUUUUCCCUCACACAGCAGCCUUAUAAACGAGACUCUUGCCGUCUGGCGUUCAUGUGGUACUGCUGAGCUAAGUAGAAAAUAGAACGGGUACAAAAUGUGAUUCGACUUUUCUGUUUGUUGUAAGAGACUAAAAAGGAGAUGGCGGUGAUGUUGAGAGCAAAUACCAAAUAUACUGGAGAAAGAUCUGUUUUCCAAAUGCAUCUCAGUUGAUUUUGGUGACACUUGGGCCCCACAGCCUUUUCUUCUGACCCAAAACUGUAGAAAAGAAAGUCUGGAUUAGUUAUUAGCUUAGUUAUUUUUUUAUUUAACGCGCAAUGAUGCUAGAUUUUGUUUCAUUCAUCUUUGAUUCAUAUAAGACAUACCUCACAUAGAUGUCAUCUUUCUGAGUCUUUGGGAAAACAAUACAUCCGUGCGCCUUCUUUGGGACAAGUGGAACAGCCUGAAGCCACACAAAAAUGGCCAUAAAUCCACUUAAAAAAGGCCCAAAACUCAGCCUGUACAUUAAACAUAGCGAUAACGCAGUGGGAUCAAUUCAAAGACGGUCCAGACUUUCUUUUUUUUUUAUUGUUUUGUACUAUCCAACAUCCAGACACAUUCACACUAACAAGAAAAAACACUACCCGCCUGUAGUCAGUGGUCUUACACUUGAUAUCUGACUCCAGUCCAACGUAAUUCAACAAUGUUGCUAAUUCAAUCUUUUUGAGUGUAAAAUGAAGUUCGGGUUCUUCUUUUCUUCUGUUUGACGCACUAGGGGGGCUAAAAAGUUAACUUCAGAGAAGUUAAAGACGCCAACAGCGGUGCCAACAAUAAUGCGAACUGGGCCCUGACAGUUGUCGUCGCUAAUCACCGUAAGCGUAACGUCCGCAACUUUGCUAGUCGCGGCGUUCCACAGGGCAACUCACUCAUUCUUACAAAGCAAACCUCAGUUUUCCCUACAUCGUUUGUCCAGCAUGGACCUAUUUUCUUUUAGCCUCAACACCUAUUCAGGAGAUUCUGAAAGCCUUAAACUACAUUACAACCACCAUGUUUACAGUUUGAUCACUGCAUAAGUAUAUACACAUUGUCUUCUUUUUGGGCUCUUUACACAAAAGAUCCUUAUGCAAUGUGGCACUUUUUGUCUUACAAGUGUACAGUACUUGGCUCCAAAACGUGUCAGGGCAGUGUGACUAUGCGUCUUCAAGAAAACACUGUGGAACUUUAUAAACUAUGUUGCUAGGUUGUCAAACUGCCUUCACUCUAAGUGCUCUAGAAAGGGUGACAAAAUGUGUUGUGUUUCGACUCAAGAAGAACAUGUCUUUGUUUUUCCUGUUCCACAACCACUCAUGCAUCUUCAUAUACGGGUCAUUAUCAACAUCAAGUGCCUUUGGAGUCCUCAUCAGAAUCAGUGGCCAAACCUAAAAAAAAAAUGUCCACCCUAUCGACAAGCUCACAUAUUUUUGCAAAAAUAAAGUGUGGGAACUUGAUUAGUUAGCAUCUCUAACCACUUAACAUCAACAUAAUUCAAUGAAAAAAAUGUUGAUAGUAUAAUGAGGACGUCUCAAAGACCUAAUGCUGAUUUUGACUCAUACCGUCUCACUAUUCAUCCCAAUGACAGCUGCACUCAUUGGACUCAGUGUUUUCAAAUGUGUUUUGCUUUUUUUUUUUUAAUCAUCAGUUUUUGGUUACUGCUGGCAGUGACUUGGGAUGCACGGACAGUUUUUCCAGUCAUUCACACAAACUACCUGUUUUCCCCACUUUCCAAUGGCUGUACUUAUGUCCAUUUUCUCUCACACACACACACACACACACACACAAAGAGUGUGUCCUCACAAAAACUCUUCAGGUUUUAAAGCUAUCAUAUUGCAAUAAGAACAUACCUCACAGUCUUUCCUCUUUUCUUUGUUUCUGCAAAAUCCAUCCAAUAUGUCUCUGUCAUUGACACCGCAAGAUCCUGUUGCAACAUCAGAGUUCUCGCACACUUAUCGAACGUCUAAUGUUGACGUGUAACAUUAAUGACUCCGCUGCAUGAAUUUUGCUCCAAAGCAGUUAUUGAAAUGAAAAGCAAAAAAAAAAAAAAAUACUGGUAGUCUGUCACUUCACUGCAGUUAUUAAUUGUGAAAAUAAAGCUCAGUCCAAAUUGUUCAUAUCACUAAAUGUGCUGUGUUGGACGCAUUAUCCACUUUGGAUUUCCUUUUAUGUGCUGCCUCUCUGUGGGGGUUACAAAAAAAAAAGAUCAUUUCUUUCCACCACACUAAUUGAGAUAUGCACAUUGUCCAGGAAAGGGUGUUUUGUUUUGUUUUACUUUUUUUUUUUUUAAUUAAAAAUCCUCUUAUGAAAAGGCUCUAGUUAAGGAUAAUAGGAGGAACUGUGGAAUGGAAUAAUUGCUGCAACAAGCUGUUUUGAUAUUUAUAUUCUCAGGUUUGUUCAAAAUUUCAGCAUCAGGCUUUCUAGAUUUCUUGUGCGACACAAGCACAUUUUAUUCCUUUUUAGCUGGUUAAUUUAUUACGAAACGUAUCAUUUGUGUGGUUUGAUUUCUUUCAUAACUAUUUUUGUGACAUGGAACUGCUAAUGUUUUAAAAAGGGUUCCGCUGUUUGCUUGACAUAAAAUGCUUUUCAUUCUGCCUUUUUUUUUUUUCAAUAAAAAGCCCUAAGUUUGUUCAA